AAGCAGCUUCUUUCCUUGUUAUUGGAGAAAUUGAUGAAUUCUCCCUCCGAUGAGCAGAAUCAGAUCGUUCCCAAUUGAUCCCGACGAAGAUGGAUCACUACAAGGUGCUGGGGGUAAACCGGACCGCCACCAAGGAUGAAAUCAAAGAAGCCUUCAGGAAAUUAGCGGUGCAGUAUCACCCCGACAAGCACUCCCAAUCGCCCAAAACCAUCAGAGACUCCGCCACGCUCCGAUUCAAGCAAGUAUCCGAGGCCUAUGAGAUCCUCAGCGACGAUCGCAAGCGCGCCGACUACAAUUUCAGUCAACGUUCCUCUUCUUCUUCGUAUUCUUAUACCUACAAUCCUCAGGGAAGCACUAGCCAGGGGUUUUACGGCUAUGGAUAUGGCUGUUACACUGCUUCGCAGAAUAAGAAAAACUACAAAUACAAGGCUUCCAGUAGUCUGUUGGAGGUUGCGCUUCGCUAUUUCACCACGCGCGCCUUUCUUCUCAAUCUUACCUUCGCCGGUGCUCUGUUUGGGGGAUUAAUGAUGAUUGAUACAAGUGGAGAAGCACUGUGGAAAAGGCAUAACUCGGGAAAAUCAUUUGAAGAAACCAUGGAGUCUCUUGAGAAAGCCAAAGCACAUAAAGACACGUAAGAGGGCUAUAGCUCAUUCUUUUUCUGUAUUCUGCUAUUCAGCCGUGAACUUUGUUGUCAUGGCUUCAUGGUUUCUCAACCCUCUGAAAUCCAGAGCAUUCUUUUUCAUUUUCUGUUUGUUUGCGCAUGCUUUUCUCUCUACAACCUCAUUUUCCUUUUCUCAUAGGUUUAUAUCACUGUUUCAGUGUCUUGCAUGUGAGUUAUUUGUUAUAGAUCGAGGUCUAUAUUUAACAGUUUGUCUGAGCUAGUAAGUUAACUGUGGUCCUUUUUAGUGCUUAAAGACACAAGAAUCUCCAUUCUCUCUGCUGAUGAACCACCGUGAACUUCCCCCUCUAAGACUCUUAUUUACAGUGGCGCUAUUUACUUUGAAUUGAAGACCAUCUGCUCUACAAAGACAACUCCAUGUUGGAGAUUGACAUAUUUCAUAAUAGCUGUAAGAGUUGCGGUGGCAGAGAGAUUCUUCAUAUUGCCUUAACAUGAAUAUAAGUCGAAGUCUUUGAAAUUCUUCCCCUCAACCACAGUAUCUGUAUACAAUUCUACAUCAUCAAUUCAACAUGCUUUGUAAAUAUUUCUAUAGUCAGACAUAUAUUAUAGAAUGAGAGAUAUUAUAGAAUGAGAGACCCAGAAGUGCAGCUAAAUCUCCAUUGAGGCUGUAUAAAAUUUAUGUAAAUGAUUCAGAUUCUGGAAGAUGAAUGGAAGUACACGGGGGUGGUGUGAUCACCAUCAUUUUGUUAAG